AUGGUCUCUGGCUUUGUUGAUGUGGGUGCAGAUGGUCUCUCUGGUUUGGUUGAUGUGGGUGCAGAUGGUCUCUCUGGCUUUGUUGAUGUGGCUGCAGCUGGUUUCUCUGGCUUUGUUGCUGCAGGUGCAGAUGGUCUCUCUGGCUUUGUUGAUGUGGGUGCAGAUGGUCUUUCUGGCUUUGUUGCUGCAGGUGCAGAUGGUCUCUCUGGCUUUGUUGAUGUGGCUGCAGCUGGUUUCUCUGGCUUUGUUGAUGUGGGUGGGGGUGGUUUCUCUGGCUUUAUUGAUGUGGGUGGGGGUGGUUUCUCAGGCUUUGUUGAUCUGGGUGUUGGUGGUUUCUCUGGCUUUGUUGAUCUGGGUGUUGGUGGUUUCUCUGGCUUUGUUGAUGUGGGUGUGGGUGGUUUCGCAGGCUUUGUUGACGUGGGAAGAGAUCGUUUGUCUGGCUUUAACGAUGUCAGGGCAGGUGGUCUCUCUGAAGUGGUUUCUGAUGCUCGCUGCAUAUUUAUUGACAUGGGUACAUGUGGUUUCUCCGACUUUCUUAAUGUGAUUUCUGGCGGUCUCGCAGCAUUUGUUGAAGUGGUUUCUGUUGGUCGCUGCACAAUUAUCGAUGUAGGUGCAAAUACUUUCUCUGCAUUUGUUAUAGACUCAAUAUCCAUUGCAACAGAGUCAGCCAUCUACUUUGCUAUAUGUCGAAGUCUUCUUUAA